AUGCACGAGUUCUUCAUCCGAGAGUUUGGGAUCUAUAAGGAAGACAAACAAUGUAUCGAUCUUGGCAUCCGCCUGGGCAAAGGCAUUGCAGUCAUGCUCGGCUUAUCUAAGGCUUCUGCGAUGUUGCUCGAUAAGGCUCUCGGUGAUGAAUUCCUCAGUGGACUGACAGCCGCGGACAAGCUUGUUGCCGCCCUCGCCUUCGGCAACAGGGAGCUAGUCUCACGUCUUGCAUCUGAAGCGAACGAAUACCCAUGCCAUGUCGUCGUUGGGGACGUCUUCGCCGGCGCUGUUGCUCUCGGUGGCAAGCCAUCCUCUUGUGCACUGGUUGACGGGAUCAUGUCCUCGGUCAAUGAACAGGAUGAUGUCUUGCAGAAAGCCCUGUGUGUCUCCGUUGAGUACGAGCAUGUUCGUGCCACCAAGAUCACUAUCGAGGCAUGGAAUGAUUUUGGGAUGGAUGAAGUCAACGCCGGUCAGUUGGUUAAGAAAACAAUUCUCGACAACCUAAUCAACGCACCUAUCAGAUCCAAGCAUGUAGAGGUUCUGGAGGCUGUCAUCAAGUUCUGCAGCAGCAUGCCGUCACACAAACACCAGCCGCUAAUCAACGUUCCCACCGUCGCCAAAAUUUGCCGUUCCGCACACCCUAGCUUAUCGCGGUAUCGUUUGAACACGGCAGCCUGA